AGGCGAGACCGCGGAGCAGCGCGGCGCAGCAAGCGGCCGGCCGCCCUCGCGCCAGCAGCGGUUGAGUCGGCGACGUUUCGCAAGUGGAGAGCGACGCGCACCGCCGCCGGCACCGAGCGACGACGACGACGACUGAAGAAACAUGCUUUCUCCCGGGAAGGACGACGACGGCGCUUCGCAGGCGCACCACCGCCCGCCGUCGAUGCCGAUCGGGCUAUGAUGCCAGACUGGAAGCAGGCAUGCUCCUUCGUUCGAGGCUGAGCGACGCUAUGACACUCAGGGACACGUGACUCAGCGCCGGGUCGUCUCGCCCGAUGCACGCGGCACCAGGAACGAGAUGCUGAAGAUCGGCUGACGAGGGGCCGCGCUGUCCGAUGCCGCUGAGCCGCUGCUGCUGCUGGCCGAGGCUUGGCGCGGCCAAGGUCUGCGCCAGCGCGCUCGGCUCCCUAGCCCUGUUCCUGCUUCUGAUAUCGAGGCCGACGCCGGCGUCCGUCAACGCGCACCACCCCCGGCCGCCCGUCGGCAAGUCCACCAGCAACGACCUCUGGACGGGACCCCCGGCUUGGGUCGUGCUCCGGGACAACGUCACGGUCCACCGCGGCGUCGCGGCCAACCCGCACAACUACUCCUACCUGCUGGACAACCCCCAGGUUUGCGGCGACGACGGCGGCGACAGGCCCCCGCUGCUGGUCGUGCUCGUCGCGUCCAACGCCAGGAGCGGCGCCGAGCGCCGGCAGGCCAUCAGGGACACCUGGGGACAGAAGUCCCUGCAGAGGGCGCUGAACUUUCGCGUCGUGUUUCUGCUGGCCGACCCGGGAGAGCCCGCGCGCGACCUGAUGGCCGAGAACUACGCGUACGGCGACCUGGUGCAGGAGGACUUUGCCGAGAGCUUCGAGAACCUGGCGCUCAAGUCCGUCAUGGGGCUCAAGUGGUUCGUGACGCGCUGCCCCGGCGCCGCGUUCGCCCUCAAGACGGACGACGACAUCUUCGUGCACGUGCCCAACCUGCUGAGUGCACUGGACGGGCCGUCCAUGGAGGACGCCAUCUUGUGCCACUCGAACCCAGUGCGCCGCAUCCUGCGGCACGGCGAGGGCCCGCUGCCCAGCCGCUACCUCAAGUACUGCGUGCCCCGGGACCAGCUGCCCGGGGAGCUGUUCCCGCGCUACUGCGGCGGCUUCGCCUACGCCUUCUCGCAGUCGUCGGCGCGGAGGCUCUACCAGGCGUCCCAAGCGACGCCCACGUUCUUCAUCGAGGACGCCUACGUGACGGGCUUCUGCCGCCUCAAGGCCGGCCUGCGCACCCUGGAGCACCCGGGCAUCACCCUCAAGCCGAGGGUGACCCUGGCCCGGGCGAGCUGCGCUUUCACCCGAGAGAGCAGGAUCACCUCGCACGAGCUGGGACCGCGCGACAUGCGGCUGCUGUGGCGCGAAGUGAACACGCAGGCCUUCUUCUGUCCGCGCCUGUUGGGCGUGAUCAAAGGUCCGACCACGCGGUGACUCGAAAGCGAGCCCAUCGGGUAACAAAACUCUGGACGUAGCGACGUCAGCUAGCCGAGUGACCGAUGGACGUCAUCGCGCCUUGCACCACGGAGCCCGUACUCUUCGGCGUCCCUCGCUAGUCAGUUCGUGCGACUCUUCGAGAGUUUCAGGGUGAAGAGACAGCUGUGUGCGUUUAAGCGACGCUAUGUGGCCAUACCAGCGAUGGGCAGCGAAAGUUGGUCACCCGUUUAAACCAACAGCCACGUGCAAGCACUUGUCCCCUUACUACCGACCAGCGCAAGAGUUCUUUCCAAGUGGCAGUGCAUCAUGAACCAGCAUGGACAGCUUCAUAUACGACGGUGGAUUGGUACUAUACUGAAUCGGGUGUCGUAGAUUUGUCACGGGACUAAACGUAUUUGAAUUGGUUUCAGUAAAUGAGGCACUGCCAGAUUUCGCGUGAAAACAAAAAGCUUAACAGGAGAAUCAGCACUACACACCAACAGUGGUGCACACUAUCCCUAUCUGGCUAACUGAUGCAUGUCUAAAAAAGCACUUUUGGCAUGCAUUUUGUAUUAAAAGGCACCUGAGGGGGUAUUCUGUCAUAGUCCACCUAGUGAACAGUCCAUUUCUGCUGCUGCUCAUUGGCUAGGGCCACUCGUCUCCUCCCUCGUACAGCUGCAUCAAUCAGCAGUGGCACAAAUUGACAGUCCAGUAGGUGGACUCUUGCAGAAUACCCCCCGUGAUCAAGUAUUUCUGGACCACAGAAGUUUCCAGCAAAAAUUCUUGUGGUAACAGUGGCACAUGCACUUUCAAGCACAGGAAAAGUUUCCAACAGCUGCACGGAUGGUGUUCAUGCAAUUCAAGACAAAGGGACAUGCAUCAGCUUCAAUCUUGCACAAACAAUGCUUUUAUUUUGCUACUCGUGGCAGCGGAAAGUGUACACAGCAACAGCUAGUCGUCAUCGUUGCCUCCAGGCCUGCAGAGUCGGGGAAACUAGCACAUACUGUGCAGUCGGGAGCACGUGGGUCACGGUAUGUGUGUGUGGUAGUCUCAAGAAUCUUCGAAGACACUGCACAGAACCUGUGCACAAGGCAUUACUAUUGGGCAUCUCCUAGAAGCAAUGAUACCCAACUAAUGCAAGUUGCACUUCCUGGGACCCACACGAAAGAAAAAAAAAAAAAAAAAAAAAAAAAACAGCACUUGUAAAAGACUGUUCAACAGACUGCGACUGAGUGCCCAGUGAAUGAACCUCACUUCAACAAAACACUAACGAGUUCCGGGAGUCAUCAAUAGUACUAAGUGCCACACUUCACAAGUUUGUGCAGCUACCACGAACGGUAAAUUACAAGUGUCCUGCGAAGCAAACAGCCAGCCACUACAGCAAAUGACGUGCCCGACUCUUCAGCAUUUUCAAGCAUCAUUUUGAAUGUAUAUUAUGAAUCAUUAUGUUAAUUAAAGGGCAUUACAACUUCCCUGGA